UGCGCGGGGCCGCCUAGGUAGCUCCCGGAUCCGCAGGCAGCCUCCGGGGGCAGACCGCUGCGCACACGGCCCUAGGCAAGGACAAGGGCUCACCCGAGGCUCGGCGGCCGGCGCGGCUCUCGGAAUAUGGCAACCUGUGCAUGGCUUGUCCUGGGAGGAGCUGACUUCAGUCAUCGUGAUGCCUAAGAAUCAAGUGUGACGUUUCUCCAGGUACUUCAUGGUGUUCUCCUCCAUCCUCUCCACACCACUGCUCUACGUGGCUCCUGAAACAUGGGGGAAAACGAGGACGAGAAGCAGGCCCAGGCCGGGCAGGUUUUCGAGAACUUUGUCCAGGCUUCCACGUGCAAAGGCACCCUCCAGGCCUUCAACAUCCUCACACGGCACCUGGACCUAGACCCUCUGGACCACAGAAACUUUUAUUCCAAGCUCAAGUCCAAGGUGACCACCUGGAAGGCCAAGGCCCUGUGGUACAAACUGGACAAGCGUGGGUCCCACAAAGAGUAUAAGCGAGGGAAGUCUUGUAUGAACACCAAGUGUCUCAUCAUUGGGGGAGGACCAUGUGGUUUGCGCACUGCCAUUGAACUUGCCUACCUGGGGGCCAAAGUGGUCGUGGUGGAGAAGAGGGACACCUUCUCCCGGAACAACGUGCUGCACCUCUGGCCUUUCACCAUCCAUGACCUGCGAGGCCUGGGAGCCAAGAAGUUCUAUGGGAAGUUCUGUGCCGGCUCCAUCGACCAUAUCAGUAUUCGUCAGUUGCAGCUCAUCCUGUUCAAGGUGGCCUUGAUAUUGGGGGUUGAAAUCCAUGUGAAUGUGGAGUUCGUGAAGGUUCUAGAGCCUCCUGAAGAUCAAGAAAAUCAAAAAAUAGGCUGGCGGGCAGAAUUUCUCCCUGCAGACCACUCUCUGUCAGAGUUUGAGUUUGAUGUCAUCAUUGGAGCCGAUGGCCGCAGGAACACGCUGGAAGGGUUCAGAAGAAAAGAAUUCCGUGGGAAGCUGGCUAUUGCGAUCACCGCCAACUUCAUAAACAGAAACAGCACAGCUGAGGCCAAGGUGGAAGAGAUUAGCGGUGUGGCUUUCAUCUUCAAUCAGAAAUUUUUUCAGGAUCUUAAAGAAGAAACAGGGAUUGACCUUGAGAACAUUGUUUACUACAAGGACUGCACCCACUAUUUUGUCAUGACUGCCAAGAAGCAGAGCUUGCUUGACAAAGGUGUCAUCAUUAACGACUAUAUCGACACAGAGAUGCUGCUGUGUGCAGAGAACGUGAACCAGGACAACCUGCUUUCCUAUGCACGCGAAGCUGCAGAUUUCGCCACCAAUUACCAGCUGCCGUCUUUAGACUUUGCCAUGAACCAUUACGGACAACCCGACGUGGCCAUGUUCGAUUUCACCUCUAUGUACGCCUCCGAGAAUGCAGCCCUGGUGCGCGAGCGACAGUCACACCAGCUGCUCGUGGCCCUGGUGGGCGACAGCUUGCUUGAGCCGUUCUGGCCAAUGGGCACCGGCUGUGCCCGCGGCUUCCUGGCAGCCUUUGACACGGCGUGGAUGGUGAAGAGCUGGGACCAGGGCACUCCUCACCUGGAGCUGCUGGCUGAAAGAGAAAGUCUUUACCGGCUAUUACCUCAGACGACCCCAGAGAACAUCAACAAGAACUUUGAGCAGUACACGUUGGACCCGGGGACGCGGUACCCAAACCUCAACUCAAACUGCGUCAGGCCCCAUCAGGUGAAGCAUUUGUACAUCACUAAAGAGUUGCACCAGUGCCCUCUCGAGAGGCUGGGCUCAGUGAGGAGAUCCGUCGGCCUCUCCAGGCGGGAGUCAGACAUCCGGCCCAGCAAGCUCUUAACCUGGUGCCAGCAGCAGACCAAGGGCUACCAGCAUGUCAACGUCACAGACCUGACCACAUCCUGGCGGAGUGGCCUGGCCCUGUGUGCCAUCAUCCACCGCUUCCGGCCUGAGCUGAUCAACUUUGACUCUUUGAAUGAAGAUGACACUGUGGAGAACAACCAGCUGGCAUUUGACGUGGCCGAGCGUGAGUUUGGCAUCCCCCCAGUGACCACGGGCAAAGAGAUGGCCUCAGCCCCGCAGCCCGACAAGCUCAGCAUGGUCAUGUACCUCUCCAAGUUCUAUGAGCUCUUCCGGGGCACCCCGCUGAGGCCUGUGGAUUCUUGGCGCAAAAACUACGGAGAGAAUGCUGACCUCGGCAUGGCCAAGUCAUCCAUUUCUCAUAACUAUCUCAACCUCACGUUUCCAAGGAAGAGAACUCCACGAGUGGACAGCCGAACCGAAGAGAAUGACAUGAGCAAGCGGAGGCGGAAAGGCUUCAACAACCUGGACGAGCCUUCAGCCUUUCCUAGCCAGAGCUUGGGCUCCAAUCAAGAGGGCUGUAAAGAAGGUGGAAAUCAGAACAAAGUCAAGUCCAUGGCAAGUCAGCUGCUGGCCAAGUUCGAGGAGAACUCUCGGAACCCCUCACUCCUGAGGCAGGAGUCCAUACGGAAGGCGUUUCCCCUGAACCUGGGUGGCAGUGACACCUGUUAUUUCUGCAAGAAGCGCGUGUACGUGAUGGAGAGGCUGAGUGCGGAGGGCCACUUCUUUCACCGGGAGUGUUUCCGCUGCAGCGUCUGUGCCACUACCUUGCGCCUGGCCGCCUAUGCCUUCGACAGUGACGAAGGCAAGUUUUUCUGCAAGCCUCAUUUCAUUCACUGUAAAACCAACAGUCAGCAACGGAAGAGACGGGCAGAGUUGAAGCAACAAAGAGAAGAGGAGGGGAUGUGGAAAGAGCAAGAAGCCUCUAGGCGAGACCCUCCUGCGGAAAGUUCUUGCGCUGCCGCCGCCAUCGGCACACCGGAAGGCAGCCCCCCAGAUGAGCCAACCUCCCCCAAGAAGCCCAAGAGUGUCCCGGAGCUCGAACAUGGGGAUGUGGCUGGUGGAGCUGCCUCCCCCCCGCCCUCUGAGUGGACCUCAGUGAGGAUCAGCCCCGGGGAGGAAGUGGUUGGGCAGGACGUGCUGGCUGUGCGUGUCCUGGUCACCAGUGACAACAGCAGCUCGGACGAAGAGGCGGACCGUGGUGGCAGUGAGGCCUCCAGUGCAGAGCCCUGGGACGAAAGACCCCGGCGACUGGAGUCCCGACCCUCACCCCUCCUGAAGCCCCUCGCCCAGCACAGCUCCCUGAGGGAGGCCCUGCCCAGGGCAAUCUCUCCACAUGGCCCCGAGGAGCCUGAAGCUGUGCAUGUUCUGCAGAGGGCCAACAGCUUCCAGUUUCCAACUCCCAACAAAUACCAGAGCUGGAGAAGAAAAUUCCAGUCGAAUAUGACACCAGUGAACAACAAAAGGCCUAUGUCACCUCCAAAGGAAGCUUCUCCUCCCUCUUCUCCUUCGCCUUCUCUGCCAUCUUCUUCUUCAGCUGGUGUCCCGCACGCUCUGGAUAGUUCCUCCCCGCCUCAGGUGACAGUUUGCAACCCUCCUUCGCAGGUCUCGAGAGGUCAUUUCAGUCCUUCCACCCCAAUCUUUCUGAGGCAAGCCAGAACCCAAGGACCACCCAAGGAAAUCCCCCUGCAUAUCCCUCAUGGCCAGGUGCUGGAGCGGACAGAAUACUGUCUGGUGAGGCCUGGUGGAGACGGCCUCGAAAGCUCGAGCCCAUCCGGCCCUGCAGAGAUGCCUUCUGAUGGGAGUCAGGAAGCAGAGGCCCCUCCUGUGGGUACCAGAAGCAUCCACAGAGGCCCACACCCCGUUGGAGGGAAGGACAGGUGCUCACCAGACCAACAGCUGUCUCCCAGGGCUGGAGAGGACCCUGGAGAAGGGAGUACCAGACCCAGGAGGGGAGAGGAGGGUAGGUCAGAGCUGGCAGAGGAGAAGAAGUCGGGCUUAAAGAAGCUGGUUCUCACUCGGGAGCAGAAGACUAGGUUGCUAGAUUGGAAUGACUCCAAUCCUGAGAGCUCGCGCCUGGAAGCCAGGGUACGACUUUCCCAGAAAAGCACCGAGAAUGGCCGAGGAGGAGGUGUGCUGAAACCAGUCCGCCCCUUGCUGCUCCCUCGGGCAGUGAGAGAGACCUUACCAGCCCAGAGAGAGGCUCAGGAGAAGAUGGGGACCCCAGCUGAACGGACUCCCAGGGAGCAAAGCAUGGCCCCACCCAAGUCCCCGCUGCGGCUCAUAGCCAACGCCAUCCGGAGGUCCCUGGAGCCGCUCCUCCCCAAUUCCGACAGUGGGAGAAAGGCCUGGGCCAAGCCAGAGUCAAAGACUUUGCCCACCAGCCCACCCCACGCUUGCACUCGCUCAUUCAGCCUUCGGAAAAGCAGCUCCAGUCAAGACUGGGACCAGCCGUCCCCCAAGAGAGACAUAGCGAGCAGGGCCGCAGCCUUCUUCUCCCUGGGCCCCCCAGCCGCCAAGGCUGCCCAACCCUCAGCCACGAGCCCUCCUGACCCUGCCCUCCGCACCCACAGUUUGCCCAACCAGUCAUCCAAGACGUUUCCUGCACUCGUGUCCCCACCCUGCAGCAAGAUCGAAGAUGUCCCCACCCUCCUGGAGAAAGUGAGUUUGCAAGAGACCGUCCCAGAUGCUUCCAGGGAUCCCAAGAAAAAGACCUCACUCUUUUCCUCCCUCAGACUCAAAGACAAAUCUUUUGAGAGUUUCCUCCAAGAAUCCAGACCAAGAAAGGACCUGCAAGACCUCUUCAGCAGCCCCAAGGGGAGGGUGCCACCCAUGGGCAAUGCCCAGCCCCCAGAGAAGCUGGUGCAGCUGGUCAAGAGCACCUGUCUGGGGCAGGGGGUCCCUCCUCCUUCUCCAGAGAAAGAUGCAAGUCCCAAGCACGUCCCCAUCAGAGCGCAGGUGGCAGGGACUGCCUCUUCCACCUCUUCCACCACCACCUCCUCUGCAGAUGAAGAAUUCGAUCCUCAGCCUUUCUUGCGGUCAAAGGAGAGGAAGACACUAAGAAGAGGAAGGAAGCUAGAAAAAGCAACAAAACAAUUGGUUAAGCAAGAAGAAUUGAAAAGACUUCAUAAAGCUCAGGCCAUCCAGAGGCAGCUGGAAGAGGUGGAGGAGUGGCAGAGGGCUUCCGAGAUCCAGGGCGUGAGGCUAGAGAAGACCCUGAGAGGAGAAGCAGAUUCAGGCACACAGGAUGAAGCACAGCUUUUGCAGGAAUGGUUUAAGCUGGUUCUGGAGAAGAAUAAAUUAAUGCGAUAUGAGUCGGAGUUACUGAUCAUGGCCCGAGAACUAGAAUUAGAAGAUCAUCAAAGCAGACUGGAGCAGAAAUUAAGAGAAAAAAUGCUCAAAGAGGAGAGCCAGAAAGAUGAGAAUGAUCUGAAUGAGGAGCAAGAAAUACUCACCGAGAUGAUGCAAGUAAUUGAGCAAAGGGACAAACUGGUGGAUUCCUUAGAGGAACAACGCAUAAAAGAAAAGGCUGAAGACCAGCACUUUGAAAGCUUCGUAUUCUCCAGGGGCUGUCAGCUGAGCAGGACAUGAGGAAGCCCCACGGGGAGCAAGCCGAGGACCAGAUCAGGCCAAACACCCUUCACUCACUCCUUCUUCCUUUCACAGGAUAUGUCAG